AGCGAGGAGACGCUGAACAAUAUAUUUGCCGAACUGCAGACGUCCGGGAAGCGGGACUACGAAAGCAGCAGGAUCAAGGUCUUGUUUGUCUUGGACGGAUUGGACGAGUGCAACUUCAAAAUGGACAUGACGAAUGAAAUGAAAUCAUCUUCAUCAUGUGCCACCUGCCCAUCUUUUGCUGGAUCACCUCUACAAUUCUACAGGAUCAUUUGGACAAAGGGAAGGUGGGAGAACUUCCCACAACGCUGACCGAAUUGUACUCAGAGCAUGCCUUUCGCCACCUUGACAAGAGCAAGGAGAGACAGACGACGGAGUAUGCCUGUGACGUGAAAGCGCUAGCAAAGCUGGCCUUUCACAACACCAUGAGUAAACGUCAGAUCUUCUAUGAGAAGGAUCUGGCGGACAGCGGCUUUGAUUACAACCAAGCCGCAAAACACUGCGGAAUAUUCACCGAGGUGUUCAGGGAGGUCCGUCCGCUCAGAAGAAACUUACAAGGCAAGAUGUUUCAGUUCAUCCAUCUGACCAUCCAGGAGUAUAUGGCCGCAUUCUACGUGAUGAUGAGCCUCUUCCACGACAACAAGAACGUACUGACUGAUUCAGAGCUGGAACCGGGAGGUGUUUUCCAAGAAGAAGAAAAAUCAGAAGAAUUAGAAGAAACAGAAUCAGAAGACGAAGAAACAGAAUCAGCAGAAGAAGAAAAAGAAGAUGAAGGUUCUUGGAAAAUCACUGAGGUCCUAAGGUCAGCUCUCCAAAAAGCCUCGGAGAGUGAAGGAAACCUGGACUUGUUCCUUCGCUUCCUCGUUGGUCUUUCCUUGCCGUGCAACCAGGAACUAGUGGGUGAACUGCUGAAGGCCCCUCAGUACUGCAGGCAAAGCAAGUCAAAAACAGUCAAGUUGAUCAAGGAAAGGAUCAAACGGAACACUCCAGAGAACAACAUCAACUUGUUCUACUGCUUAAACGAGCUGAAGGACGACUCCUUGCUGAAGCAGAUCCAGAAGGAAAUAGUCAUAAGUUUUCACUGGGAAGACAUGCCAAAUUAUAUGUGGUCAGCCCUGGCCUUCUUACUUACCAACGACGAAACCUUGAAGUCCAUUUACCUGUCGGAAUACGCCCAAUCACCUUUGGUGCUCGAGAAACUGUUGGUGGUUGUCAAGGCUUCUCAAAAAUUAGAGCUAGUCGAAUGUUACCUGGACAAACGCAGCUGUCACCUGCUGGCUUCCGUCCUCAGCUCUCCCUCCAACCUGAGGCAUCUGGACCUGAGUCUGAACGAUCUGUCGGACGAGGGGGUCGAGAUCCUCUCGAAAGGAUUGACCAGUCCUCACUACAUCUUACAAUUCCUGGGGCUACAAUGCUGCGGAAUGACGAAGCAAGGAUGCAUUUUGUUGGCGGAGUCUCUCAAGUUAAACCCCUCUCAUCUUCAAGAGCUGCACCUGAACUUCAACAAUCUGUCGGACGAGGGGGUCAAGAUCCUCUCGAAAGGACUGGCCAGUCCAUACUGCAUCUUACAAGUCCUCAAUCUGUCACAGUGUGGUAUCACGGGGCGAGGAUGCGUUUCUUUGGCUGAGCCUCUCAUGUUAAACCCCUCUCAACUUCAACAGCUUCACCUGAACUUCAACAAUCUGACGGACGAGGGCGUCGAGGCCCUCUCGAAAGGACUGGCAAGUCCACACUGCAUCUUGCAAGUCCUCGAGCUGUCAGAGUGCGGGAUCACGAAGCAAGGAUGCAUUUCAUUGGGGGAGGCUCUCAAGUUAAACCCCUCCCAUCUUCAAGAGCUGGACCUGUGCCGGAACCAUCUGUCGGACGAGGGGGUCAAGAUCAUCUCGGAAGGACUGGCCAGUCCACACUGCAGCUUAAAAGUCCUCCAGCUUUCAUGGUGCAAUGUCACGGAUAAAGGGUGCGUUUCCUUGGGCAAGGCGCUGAAGUUACACUCCUCCCAUCUUCAAGAGCUGUACCUUUGGGGCAAUCAAAUAGGAGAAGAAGGAAAGAGGGUCUUAUUGGACGUCCAAGAGGAUCCCAGCUAUCAGCUAAAGACUGUGUGCUUCACCGGGUGAAACGAAGAACAACGUUCGGUCCUUGGCGCCAAGAAGGGCGAGUCAUUCCAAGUGUUCAUUUUUAGAAGACGUUGAGCCCAAUUGAUCUCCUUCAGAUUUAGUUCGGUGCUACGUACUAUCCGAUGAUCUCAAGAGCAUCGAGUGUCGGCUCAACAUGCAAAAGUAGCUUCGCUCACUGAAUUUGAGGCAGUCCGCCCGCCGGCGUCGGGAUUGUUUGCAGCAACGCCGCUACUGGCAGGUGGAGUUCAAGGAGGAAGGUCUACGACGCUGCUACCAAACUACUGGCAGUUGUUUUCUGACAUGAAUUGAAAUGGGUUUGUCACGAAUAGACGUCCAGUCCAUUUGGACUGGGAGGGGCUGACCAAAAGGAUUGGACUUUCAGCACCGUGCACAGCAACCAAUGAGUUCAGUAAGUACUAGAGGCGUGCAAAAUUUCCGAUUCUUUGAUUAUUCGCGAUUUGGCCGUAGAAGAUUUGAGAUUGAUUCACAUACAUCCAUUUUUCGAUUACUGAAAUAUGUCAAGGAAAGCGGAACUAAAACACAGUCGAGAGUAAAUGUCACAGGGUAGAAGUGUUGUUAUAUUAUUUUGAUUGUUUUGGGGGUUUUUGGGAUGUUUUGCUUUUUGUAUUUACUGCUUGUAGUGUUUAGUUGAACCUCCAGCCUAAAUGACCCCAAUUAGAACACCUGUAGCACUGUGGCCAUUCUCAAUAGACUGAGGACUAAGCCAAUUGGAGGCCGACAGGGGCGGGACAAGUUUGGCCUAUCAUCCACACGCACACCUAAACCGGAGUUCGCAAGAACGAUGCGGAAAGUGAAUAAGUGCGAAUUCUGCGUUUGUGGCACCAUCAUGUGGACACUGAUAACCGAAGAUUUAACCAUGGAAAUGUCACUGGCUGCGACAAACUUUGUCCCCACGUCACACAUGAGACCAACGUUUACAUCUGGAGUCAACAUGGAUAUUGUCGCUGUGUUUAGAUCUAAUUAUUAGACGGGUAGUGUUGGCAACCAUUUAUUUACAAACUCUUGAAUUGCUCCAUAUAGACCCUACUCACCUACGUCACAAAAUGGGCGUGUCGCUGUUUCCGGCCGCCAUAUUGUACCUCUUUUUCAGACCUAUUCUCAUUGUUUUCAAUUAGUCGAGCAAGUUAUAGAGCAAUUCAUGGAAGCCCCGGUGUUAUCUGACGCUGUAAACUCAUUGGAUCCGUUGCAUAAAAGGCGUUACGUGGAAAAGCUUCAGUUUAUCUAUUCGCCAGAUCCGUAUUUGAUGCCUAAAUCGAUGUUUUUCGACCCGCUGGCUUCGCCUGUCAUCUGAUGUCCUGAUAUUUACAACUAUCUUGUCCACACAAAAUCAGCCUAUUCUCACGAAAGUUUGAAAAACUUUAAGAGCUUGGAGGCUUAUAAAUGCUACGUUGCUGGUUGGGUGAAACAGGUCCUCGUACACGAAAAUUCGGCAGGAAUCUUGUGCUCGGAAGGUGAGUUACGAAAUUUUCAAUUCAAAAUCUUUUGUUCUUGCUAACAUCCACUGUCAAGUCUAAUGUAUUUCAUGUCAUUUGUCAAUGGAGUUAGGGCUUUUAAUGUUUAUAUGGUUUAGCGAUAGCACUCACUACAUACAUACGUGUAUGUUGUCGGCGAUUAGCGUAGCAAUGAUCUUAAUUGUGGUGUCAGCCCAAAACCCUCUAAAUAUAUAUUAAAUGCAUCUUACCAGAUAUAAAAUGACUACUACAUAAUCUGUGGUAGUCGUUUGGAGUAGUGACGGGAUCUGUCGUUCACUUGAGUAAACGAAUCCAUUCCGGUUCGUUCAGUAAAACGAUUCGUUCAAACGAAUCGUUCAACGAAUCGUUCGCCCCCCUCAUCUCCCUCCCCACCCAAAUGAAUCGUUCGGUUAGUGAACGGGAAGUGACGUUGCCGAACGAAUCACCAAAGACCGCUUCGCAGUAUAACUGAACGGGAAGUGACAUUGCUUGGUCCCUCCCUCUCUUGCACAUUGACCACUCGUCGUAGUUUCAGAAAUGAGUGACAGGCGAUAUCAUUCUGCUCUCAGAGACAGCCUCGUCUCCCUCCCGCUGCUGCAAAAGCGAGGGAGAACUUCCGCGUCGUCUGUCCUAGUUCUAUGGGCUCAAAGUCAUGGCUCGUGCUUGCAUUUCGAAUUAGGACACGGUUAAACAUUUUCCU